UGAGCAACACUUUGAUUCGAAAGAAGCCCACGCGAGGCGGCCGAGAUCCGCAGCGGCCGCGGUGACAACGAUGCAGCGGCGGGCAAAGGAUAUUGAAUCCCUUGAUUAUGAUCUCUUUGAGAGCGUCGUCAACAAGUCAGGACUGGGGUACAAAUACCGCGAUGGACGAGAGAGGAGAUUUUCUGUCUUCUUUCGAUGGAUGCUCACAUGGUUCACGGGGUUCUUGACGGCCAUGGCUGGUAUAUUCCUGCUCUUCUGCACGCAGAACAUCUCGCACUUGAAGCGUCAUGUCAUGGAGCACUUCAUCAACACGACAACAUCUACUUCUUCACUUCCUUUCAGCGCAUCGGACGGCAUCAGAGACACGAACGUGCACCCACUCGUGUAUGGCAUACUCUUGGGCAUCAACGUCGGGCUCGUCUUGAUAGCGGCGGUCUUGACCAUCUUCGUCGAGCCUGUCGCGGCUGGAUCGGGAAUUUCCGAGAUCAAGUCAAUGCUGAAUGGAAUGAAGAUCCCUCGCAUGCUGCGCUUCCGCACGUUGUGCUGCAAACUGCUGGGUACGAUUUGCUCUGUGGCGGGCGGUCUUCCCGUUGGGAAGGAAGGGCCAAUGAUCCACAGCGGCGGCAUCAUCGCAGCGGGGCUAUCCCAAGGAAAGUCGAAUGCGCUGGGGUACGACACGAGCUUCACAUACUUUGCUGGGUUUCGAAACGACCGCGAGAAGCGCGACUUUUUGUCGUGCGGAGCGGCAGCGGGGGUCGCCGCCGCGUUCGGCGCGCCCAUCGGAGGCGUCUUAUUUGUGCUGGAGGAAGGCGCGUCGUUCUGGAACCAAAACCUGACGUGGCGCACACUCUUUUGCGCCAUGGUGUCGACGUUUACGCUGGCAUUCUUCAUUUCAGGCAUGUCGGCCAGUGGAUGGGGUACGCUCGGUGGCCAGGCAGGCACAUUCACCCUUGGUCCGUUUACGCUAUCGACGUAUCAAGUAUGGGAAAUACCGAUCUUCAUCUGCAUGGGCGCGGGCGGAGGCAUCCAGGGAGCGCUCUUCAAUGCCAUCAACCUGCGUCUAUCACGGUUUCGCGCGCGGUGGAUUCAAACCAAAGCUGUGCUGCUCAUGGAGGCAAUCGUGAUGGUGGUGGUUGUGACGACCGUGGCAUUCUGGAUGAGUGCUGCGUUCGGGUCAUGCCAUCCCCUGCCUCCCGUCAAGCACGUCGACAUUGUAGUCGAAGGCGUCCUCAUGGCGGACGUGACAAAGGAAGAGUCGUACCCGUAUCGUGAAGAGAUGCUGCAGUUUUCCUGCCCCGUGGGCCAGUACAACGACCUGGCAACGCUGCUGCUGUCCCCGGGGGAAUCUGCAAUCCGCCAUCUCUUCCACGCCCCGCCCGAAUCGUUUGACAUGCAAAUUCUGCUUGUGUUUUGGCUCGCGACAUUCUGCCUCGCGUGCUGGACGUAUGGCCUGAAAGUGCCAAGUGGUCUCUUUAUUCCCGCGCUCCUCAUCGGCGCUGCCUACGGCCGCCUCUGGACGCGGCUCAUCAACCACGUGACGGCUCAUUUUCCCCAUGCCAAGCUCACGGACGCUCGAAUUUACGGGCUCAUCGGGUCGGCCGCCAUGCUUGGGGGCAUUACGCGCAUGACGAUCUCGCUGACCGUGAUUCUGUUGGAGUGCACAGGCAACGUUGAAUACGGGCUGCCACUGAUUGUCACGCUGUUUUCGGCGCGGUGGGUCGGCAACUACUUUAACCACGGGAUCUACGACAUUCACAUUCACUUGCGCCAACUUCCGUUUCUGGACUGGGACCCGCCCGUGGAAGGGUCGCGCAUGCGGGUCAAGCACGUCAUGACCCGGCAUCCCAAGUGCCUCCGCACCGUCGAAAGAGCAGGCCUCAUCUGGGACUACCUGAGCCUGACGACGCACAACGGGUUCCCUGUCGUGGUGGACGACCCGACGUUCGGGCCCAAGUUCUUUGCCGGGGUCAUCCUGCGCAAGCAGCUGACUGUGCUGCUGGCACAAAAGGACUUUUCAGUGGCGAAACCACGGCCGUUUUCACGGCAUCCUCCGCAAGACACGGAGAAGAGAGGCCGAGAGGAGCUGACGUGCCUGAGCUACCGCGACAUGGAAGCUUCGUACCCCAACUACCCCGAGCCAGACGUCGCGUACACCCUCACGGAUGCCGAGCGAGAUUUCUGGGUCGACUUGACGCCGUACAUGAACCAGACGCCGUUCGUGAUACAAGAAGAAGCCCCCUUCACGCGCGCCUAUCGGCUCUUUCGAUCGUCGGGACUGCGCCACUUGGUCGUGGUGAAUCGGCAUAUGAAUGUCAAAGGUUUCAUCACGCGGCGCGAACUCGAGGAGGACCAUUGCGCGCGGUGCUGGCGACUCACCCGCGGCGACGGCGGCGGCGUCGACGACGAACACGUCCCAGACGCGUACAACUACUCGACGAAAGAAGACAGCAAACCGAUGUGGGCAACGAUGCCGCAUUUGUUCAAACGCCACGUGGAUCGCCACGACCAAGUGCGCCGCAUGCUCCACAUGUCCAAGGCGCAGCCGCUGCUCGGCGACGACAUUCACGACAGUGUUGACGACGAUGGCGGACGCAACCAUGUCGGUCGUGACCAAAAUCGUCGCCGGAAUGAACUUGAUCAAGAUGACGACGAUGUUCUCGUAUAGGAGGAGCAAGAAAAAAAUCGGGCGGACGUGUCGCGGGGUAUAUUUGCUAUACAUGAAACAGAAAUCGGAGAAAUCGUGAGCAAA